CUUCACUUACAGAAUCGCCGACAGCCCCGCGAUCGACUCGAAUUGAGUGAGAUCGUAUAAACAACCACGCAUACACACACCCAAAGACAACCGUAAUGGCUUGGCUCUGGGCUUCGCAAACUCCUGCCGCAAAGGCACCCGCGCCCGCCGACAAGGAAUCGGCCCCUCCAUCCCCAGCCUCGACCUCGGCCUCGAUCUCAAAUCCAUCCUCCUCGCCCUCGUCCUCAAACCCAUCCUCCUCGCCCUCGUCCUCUACGACAUCCAACCUGUCCGACGACCCCGAAAUCCAAAAGUUCCUCGACCUCUUCGACACCAAGUCCCAGCCCAUCAACAAGGCCUCAUCACAAAAACCCACCGACCAAUCCUCCUCCUCAAUAUCAUCCUGGCUCUCCGCCCGCUCUUCACCUUCUGGUUCGGCCUCCCGCGCCGGAGCUGAAACGCUCACCGAGGCACCCCCCGGCGAUGCCCUCUCUGAAUCCCUCCUCCCCACCGACUUGAGCUGUCGCACAGCCUUUGACCAGGCAUGGGCAUGCAACUCGAUGGGCGGCCAGUGGAACGCCAUCUACCGCUACGGCGAGAUGCGCUCUUGCAGUGAGCACUGGGACGACUUCUGGUUCUGCAUGCGCAUCAAGAGCUACGGCGCAGAGAUGCGUGAGAACGUCAUCCGCGCUCACCACCGCAACAAGAACUACGCAAAGUACGGGCCUGGAAAGCCAAGUAGCGAAGACGUCUGGAAGAGCCGCGAGGAGAAGGUGGAACCAGGGUCUGUCUUUAAAGAACCCAUUGAGUAAUCUGCCGACAUAAUUUUUAUUGCAGCUACAGAUUCGGGAUCAGAAGAGAAUGGGAGGAGGAGCAGCUUGCUUUUGUACAUUAAGGUAAUAUGGUCUUUCUUGUCCACAGUUGGCAAGAUACCUGCCCAGACCACGUCUACCAUCACCCAUUCAUGCAUGAACAGAGAUACUCCUUUCAUAAUGAACCAUAUUUAUUCUCGCUUCCACGCUCCUCGAUUCUCGAACAAAGCUAUAUUUUCCAUGCAACAUGAAUUCCAGUUGAUGGUAGACCAGAGCCGCACUUACUCUUGUAACAAGUGCUGAUCGCCAUGUUUUGAGAGGGAAGCAUAACAGGAAAGCAUAAAAUUCGGACAAGUAUCGUGAUCACAUAACUUCUUACGGAACUAAAGUGCUGG